GAGCCCGCUCGGGUAUCCUUGCGCCGAGCGGUGACGCCAUUUUCUGGUGGAUUUUUUUUUGAAAUAAAGAAGGAAAGAAAAGGUCGGGAGGAGACAGGAAGGCGAGGGAGCGCCCGAGACCAUGGCCGACAUUGACAAGCUCAACAUCGACAGCAUCAUUCAGCGGUUGCUGGAAGUACGAGGUUCAAAACCUGGAAAAAAUGUACAGCUCCAGGAGAAUGAGAUCAGAGGCUUGUGCCUCAAAUCACGUGAAAUCUUUCUCAGUCAGCCUAUACUCCUGGAACUCGAGGCUCCAUUAAAAAUAUGUGGUGAUAUUCAUGGCCAAUAUUAUGAUUUGCUUCGAUUAUUUGAAUAUGGUGGUUUCCCACCGGAGAGCAACUACCUGUUUCUGGGAGAUUAUGUGGACAGGGGAAAGCAGUCAUUGGAAACUAUCUGCCUUUUGCUGGCUUAUAAAAUUAAGUAUCCAGAGAAUUUUUUCCUUCUGCGUGGAAACCAUGAAUGUGCCAGCAUAAACAGGAUUUAUGGAUUUUAUGAUGAAUGUAAAAGACGGUAUAAUAUUAAAUUGUGGAAAACCUUUACAGACUGUUUCAACUGCUUACCAAUAGCAGCCAUUGUGGAUGAAAAGAUAUUUUGUUGCCAUGGUGGUUUGUCACCCGAUCUUCAGUCCAUGGAACAAAUCAGGCGGAUCAUGCGGCCCACUGAUGUGCCCGACCAAGGACUUCUGUGUGAUCUCUUGUGGUCUGAUCCAGACAAAGAUGUAUUGGGGUGGGGUGAGAAUGAUCGAGGUGUCUCCUUCACAUUCGGGGCAGAAGUAGUUGCAAAGUUCCUUCAUAAACAUGACUUGGAUCUGAUCUGCAGAGCCCAUCAGGUUGUAGAAGAUGGAUACGAGUUCUUCGCUAAGAGGCAGUUGGUGACUUUAUUCUCUGCGCCCAAUUAUUGUGGAGAGUUUGAUAAUGCCGGUGCUAUGAUGAGUGUAGAUGAAACCUUGAUGUGCUCUUUUCAGAUUUUGAAACCAGCAGAGAAAAAGAAGCCCAAUACAAGCCGGCCUGUAACACCACCCAGGAGCAUGAUCACAAAACAAGCCAAGAAAUAAAACCAGGAAUUCUGGCAUUGCCUAUUCGGAUAUGUAUUAUACCAGUUUGUCUCCAUUUUUAACUUUUUUUUGUGUAAAGUGCACCUGUCGGCUUGCUUGGGUUAGAUUUCUACUUGUUGACUUGUGGUUUAUCUGCUGUGAUGUGCUGAACCAUAUUUGCUGUUCUAGAACAGCAAAGAUGACUCGGCCCCUUGAGAUGGAAGAUUAUUAAAAUACGGUAGCUCUCUAGCCUGCAUCAGUGCUCCUACUUGUUAGCAGUACCUGCUAGCAAUAGUGUGUGCUUGACUAUUAUACAGCAGGCUUCAACAUGGGGAGGGUGGGGAGGGGGGUGUUAAUGGUGGGGGAUAAAUGAGGGUUAGUAAUUGAUAAAAUUUGACAUUUUUGGUACAGUUCACAAAAGUGUUGUAAAUGCAAUGUGACAACAGUUGAGUUUUUCCUUUUUUAAGACCUAAAGAGGUGCUUGUGAGCUGGUAAUUUACUUUUGGGGCGGAGGGGGGGGGGGGGACUCACUAAGUGUAGGAAAUGGCAUACUGUUUAUAAAACCUCAAGUUACCGUUCAACAAUUUUGUACUUAAUGUUUUUUUUAUUUAGAGGAAUGCGUCUGCUUUUUCCAAGUCUUCAUGCCUGUCAUAUAAACAACUGUCUUGUAUAGAUGUCAUGAUUAGAAGGAUCUGCCUCUCCACUCUGCCAGCUUCACAGAAAAUGGCAUAAAUUUUAUUAAGCACACUUCCUGUACUGUAUUUUAGAUGAUGAAAUAAAGCCAUUAUUUUACAUUUGGCAUUUUGAUUUGUCAAAUAGUAGAUUCCUUCCUUGCGUUUAUAAUGGCUAACAUGAGUUAAUUAACUUUUGGUGGAGAACAGAUCAAGUAAUGCCUAGCGUAGAAGAUUUAUGAACUUUUAUUUGUCAUUCACCCAUUCCUAAAAUGGGACUGGGAGGUUGUCCCUGUUCCUCCAUGCCAUUGUCAUCCCUGGCAUUGAAGCAAGCAAGCAAACGUUACUUGAGGAUCUGUGUCAUUAGAUAAUUGGCCACCACGUUAAAAAAAAAGUUGGGAGUGCUCAAAUUUUAAACUUUCCUCUACAUUUUCGUUCCAUGUAUUUGUAGUUCAGAGCAACUCAUUUGGGUCACUUAAUAUAAUGGACAAUGUGCCCUUUCAUUCUGAUCAAAAUUCCUCUAAGUGAAUUAAUAUUAUAACAGUUUCCUCUUAUUUACCCCCUACUCCUUGACAUUUGUACUUUUCCUCACAACGCUUUUAAAAAUCAAAACUAGCACUAAAGCAUGUCCACACAACAUUCCUGUCAGCACUGGUUGAGCCAAGGGGUACUGUUUUAUUUUUCUCCAUCUCCACUACCAUGCCGGGGAAGGUCAAAAUUGGGCAAAUCCACUGGAGCAUAGUGGUUGGUUUAAUUGUGGCAGUGGCAGAUCCCUGGGCAUCAAUUUGUAUGCCUUUACUGUCAACUAGGUAAUUUAAUUUCAUGAAGAUCAAAAAUGGGAAGAAAAAUAAAGCCUUUUUACAAA